AUGCCAGGCAAAGGAAGCUGCGUCUGCGGACAAUGGACAUAUGAGUAUGAUGGCGAGCCGGGCGGUGUCGUCGUCUGUCAUUGUAUACCUUGUCGCAAGACAGCUGGCUCAAAUGGCAGCUUCAACAUGAUUAUCCCACAGGAAAAAUUCAAGAAGCUCUCAGGUAACGACUUCCUCUUCGAGCGUGUCGGCGACUCCGGCAAGAAAGUCAAAUAUCAGAAUUGUGCGACCUGUGCGACGGUCAUGAUUGCCAACGCCGAAGCCAUGCCUGGGAUGUUGAUCGUGAAAGGCGGUACAGUCGACGAUCCAGUAGAGGAUGCAAAGCAUCAGCCACAGAUGGAGAUAUACCGCAAGAAUGCCCCAGAAUGGUGUACUCCGUGGGCCAACGCUGGGCAGAAAGAGGGAGGUUCUUGA